AUGUCCCAACAGCCCCGGCAGGAGGGCGAGAGGGCACUGAAGAAGGAAGAUGUGGCGUUCCCCUCAACUUCAGGCCACAGGAGCGUCCUGGAGGUUAUGGCCCCUGGUCCAAGCUGGCUGGGCCCUCCAGGGGCCCACCUCACAGGCUGCCCCCUCUCCUGGACACGGCCUCCUACAGGUGUUGCAAGCCCCCGAGUUCCCUGCUCACCCAGGAAGACUGAGGCUGCGGUUUGCAUCAUCCCUGGGCGUGGGGCUGACCUCGAAGAACAAAUUCGAAGAAAAGAGGAGGAGGAGCAGCCGUGGACCGCGCCCAGCGCCCAUUGGCCGCCGGUGUUGGCCAAUCGCCCCGGCGGGCAUAAAGUGGUGGCUGGCCCUUGGGGCUCCCAGGCAGGAGCUGUCACCCCCAGCAGCCACCGGCCAGAACCCAGGCAACCCAGCAUGCGGGUACAGCUCACGUGGAGGACGCUGCUCGGUCUGGUCUUCGGACUGCUUUCGCUGAACACGUCGGUGAUUGGUGCUUGCAAUAGUGAUUACUACAGCCUUCUUGGUCAGCUGAAGAACCAAGCAAGACUCAUGCGAAAUACCAGCAGGCUCCUGGACAUUGUUGUCCACAGUCCUGGCCUGAACAUCAAGAACCCUCAAGGACACUGCACGGAGAUUCCGCGGGUCUUCCCCAGCCAGGAUGCCCUGGACAAACUCAACAGAAAGAUGUUCCUGGAGACUCUCAACACCAGCCUGGACCUGGUCCUGCGAACACUGGGUAGCGACAGCUUAAAGGGGUUUCAUCAUCCCCAGGCCAAGGGCUCAUUGACGCUGAACUCCACGAUGCUCUACAUCAAAGGCAUCAAGAACAACAUCUUCUGCAUGAGCCAGCACAUCACCCGUUCAAAGAGCACAGCACGCAGGCAGAAGCCCUCACCCACACCCGCACACAUCUCCUCCAACUUCUUCCAGCUUCGGAUGGAUGCCUGCAGGGUAUUCCAAGGUUUUCACCGCUUAAUGGGCUCGGUGGUACAGGUUCUGGAUGGGAGCAAGUGGUCAAGGGACCAAAGACAGAACACCAGCCUCAAGCCCAGCCCCAGCUCCAAGCCCAGGCCCAGGCCCAGGCCCAGCCCCAAGCCCAGGCCCAAGCCCAGCUCCAGCCCCAGCCCCAGCCCCAGCCCCAGCCCCAGCCCCAGCCGCAGCCGCAGCCCCAGCCGCAGGCUGAUCGCAAGGGGCCAGUUCCGCAGGCCCCCUAGGCCCCCUAUGAAGGUCAAGAAGCCUGAUGAAGAGCCCCUGGGCAGACAGAGGAAAGGCUGUGCCUGGCCAGCCCCGCCCAUUGGUACCCGGGGCUCUGAGGCCGUGGAAGGGAGUGGGCAGUGGGAGGCCAGGUUGAGAGGCUCCACCACCCGGAACCUGCACCCUCCUGAGCACCUGGCCUGCCCCACCGUGGAGGGCGUGUGA